UCUUUUUUCUUUGGGUGAAAUUGGGCAAGUUUGAGUUGAAGCUUAUCAAGUGGUUUGGAGUGUGUUGAAAUGCAUUGAAGCAAUUGAAAAUGCUGCUUAGUUCUCCUGUUUAAUCACUGUCAACUGCAGAUUGAAUUCAUCUCAUCCAUUCGUCUUGUUUGUUUGCGGGAUACAUAGUUUUGCUAAUUAUGUGGACUUAACAAUUUUAAGUAAAUGGGUUGGGCUUGGAUUGAGCCCUAGUCAACUUGUUCUACCCCUAUAAGUUAUCAAUGGGUUGAGUUGGUUGAUCCAACUAGACUUAGCCCAGCUGAUCAGAUGGUGGCUUAUAUCUCUGUAGUUUCUUCAUUUUACAUGUUCUUGCCUUGAAUUGAAAUCUCAUGUCACUAAAAUUUGCUUGAUUCUGUGGAAAUCUUUAGGAACCCUGAAGAGAUCCCAUGGGGUAAGACUGGUGCUGAGUAUGUUGCAGAAAGGAGGUCCAUAGCAAAUAAUGAUGAAGGAUUGCUAUGUGUGCAGAAGACCAUGUUAUGAAUGAGCCGUUCUAAAUCUUGUUUUCCCAGACAGUUCUUCAAACUUUUUAUUCCACUUGCUAAUGUUCCUUGAUACAAAUCAUGUAGUCCCUGUAUUUCUAUAUGGAGCAGCAGAUGAGCUCCAUAUUUUCUGUUUCUUUGCUUUACCUCUGUCUCUCUUUUCAUUUUUUUCUGUUUUCGAUGGCAAGAGCUGCAAAUGCAUAAGAUACUUAGAAUGGUAAUGUAUAUCUUCCUUUUCUCUCUCUUUCCAUCUGAGCCCAUGCAUGUAGAGCCACCUGCCAAGGUAUAGUAUACAAAGAAGAAAUGCAUCUAGGUCUCUGGGUUCUUUUAAAAGCUUUGAAAAAAUGGGUUGGGGGAUUUGCCUUCUUUUAAAGUGUAUGGAGAUUUGCCUUCUCAAAGUCAGUCUGCAGUUUCUCAACAUUCUGCUGUUCCUCAGGGCAUUUUGGUGCGUCUCUAUUAUCUAUUCCUUUGCUUAGGCAACCUGAAAUCUAACAUUUAAUGUCAAGUUUCCUAAUGUUAUGGACCAUGGAUGGAUUGACUUUUUGCCUGAAAUAUGAUGUAGUGGCAAAGUAGAUGUUUUUCCCACAUCAGUUUCUUUAUGACUCUUGGGGUCCGUGCAAUGAAAAGUAUCACCUCUUUUCUAUAAUCCGGUAUGUUGAUGGAUUCUUGCCCUGUUGCUGCAUCUUUUUUGGUAGUUGAGUUUAUUUAUCACUAAUAGGAUAAACAUUUGUACAUUGCUGAUUAGAGAAACUUUACUAAUGUGACUUUUUUCUCUAAUGGAUUUUGAUUAUAUUUUCUUGCUUGUAGGAUAUUAUUCAGGCGAUGCCCCAUGAUGCAAACCCAAUGGGCGUGCUUGUCAGUGCGAUGAGUACUCUUUCUGUGUUCCAUCCAGAUGCCAAUCCUGCCCUAAGGGCACCAACAAUUGCAGCAGCUGGGUUAACUUCAAUUGUUUCUUGUAUUUCAGGAAGCAUUAAGGCACAUACUGAUUAUGUUUGCAAAGCUAAAUCCUGGUAUAAGAUAAAGUUUUGGCUCCUCUGUUCUCUGUCUUCCAGAAUGAUCCAGAUGAGGAAAAUGCUGUAUUUGGAUCUUCCUCUGAUGAUGGGAUUCAUCUGCUAGACUUCUACCCAGACUCCACCUCAGCAUGCCAUGUGGAUUUCAAGUGAGCAAUAUCCAAAUCUAGUUAUCUACAGUUAUGAAGUUAUAUAGGCAAUUGAUCCCACCAUAAAGAUCACAUCUGUAUGUUGAGUCAGAACAUUGCUUAUCCAUCUGUUUUGAUGGCGUGACCUGCUUCAUGAGUGGAUCAACUGAUUUUUGCUUCAGGUGACUCUCAUGAUGGGGCCUACCACUUGCAUGCUUGUCCCACAGGUGACUCAUUAGCAGGAAAGAGGGAGAUGCAUUUUCUACACAAGGGCAAUGAGAGGAAUUUCAGCCUCAAGCUUUUAUUGAUAAAGCAAGAUUUUCUGCAUUUGCGUGUUUUUGUGGAUCGUGACAUGUAACAAACUACUCGUGAAAUUCCUGCAAAUCCAUGUACUGAAAAAGAGUACAGGGAAGAUUUUCUGUUUCUUUGCUUU